AUGGGGACAUUACAGAGUAAGCGUGAAAAGCGUCUUCAUGAGACAUGUGAAGUAACAGAUACUGAAAUAGUAUAUGUUAAGUCGAUGAUACAAUUGAAAGAACAACAUUCGAACCGCGUAACAGCAUCGCAUCAACAAGCAUCUGAUAUACUCGAUUCUUGGCUAUUUCAAGGCAAUUGGCAACAUGCAAACGAUUCGGCUAAUCUCAAAUCACUCUCAAUUACUCAUAUUAUCAACGUUACUGAUAAAGUUUUAUCGAAUCAAUCGCAACAAAUACUUCAUAUUCCAGGUAAAGACAGUUUUUCCGUUGAUCUAUUAAAAUCUUUUCAUGCAACAAACGAAUUUCUUGAUCAAUGUCAUCAACAAGGUGGUCGAGCACUAGUACAUUGUCAUCGUGGUGUAUCUCGUUCUUCAACAAUCGUUAUUGCUUAUUUAAUGCAUUAUAAUAAAUGGACUGUAUUACAAGCUUAUGAUUAUCUAUUAGCCAGACGACCAGAAGCAUCACCUAAUCUUGCCUUAUUGCUUCAAUUAGCACGUUACGAAAAAGAGUUGAUCAAAGACAAUGAUGAAAAUUAA